AUGUCAAAGAGGGUACUUUGUAAGUUCUUUGCUCAUGGAGCGUGUCUGAAAGGGGAGCAUUGCGAAUUUUCUCAUGACUGGAAAGCCCCUCCGAAUAAUAUAUGCACAUUUUAUCAGAAAGGAGUUUGUGCUUAUGGUAGUCGCUGCAGGUAUGAUCAUGUCAAAGCUUCUCGAGCACAGUCCUCUACUCCAUCUUCCUCAAUAAUCGAAAACCAGCUCGCUGUGCCAGAAUCUGUUUUACUUGGUAAUACCAGAAUUACAUCGAACGAUGUUGCUACAGCUGCAGAAUUUUCUCUUUUCAACAGUCCUUAUGUUCUUCCUAGUGAACCUGUCUGGAAUCAAGAAUCUGCAGACUUCUUAAGGGAGGAUGAUGUUGGUCAAUCUGUAAUUACUUCACCUUCCGAGCUUCCAAUUUGUUCAUUUGCUGCUGCUGGAAACUGUCCUCGAGGGGAACAAUGUCCUCAUGUACAUGGAGAUUUAUGCCCCUCAUGUGGAAGACAUUGCUUGCAUCCCUUCCGGUCUGAAGAAAGAGAAGAACAUAUGAAGAGUUGCGAAAAUAAGCAAAAACAUCUCGAGGCAUUGAAAAAAAGUCAGGAAGUUGAAUGCUGUGUUUGCCUGGAACGCGUUCUUUCAAAGCCUACAGCAGCUGAACGAAAGUUUGGUCUGCUAUCUGAAUGUGAUCAUCCCUUCUGCAUAUCCUGUAUUAGAAAUUGGCGGAGUAGUAACCCAACAUUAGGGAUGGACGUGAAUAGCACACUGCGGGCCUGUCCUAUCUGUCGCAAGCUAUCUUACUUUGUUGUUCCAAGUGUUAUUUGGUAUGCUACAAGUGAAGAAAAACAGGAAAUCGUUGAUACCUACAAGGCUAAGCUCAAGUCAAUCGAUUGCAAGCAUUUUGAGUUUGGGGAUGGAAACUGUCCUUUUGGAACUAGCUGCUUCUACAAGCAUGCAUAUCGAGAUGGCCGUCUUGAGGAGGUAGCUUUGCGACAUCUUGGGGCUGCAGAUGGUGACACAAUAAUUGCCAAAGACAUCAGGUUGUCGGAUUUCCUUGCUUCCAUGCGUUUAAGUUGA